AUGAGAAAAGGAGUUCGAAGUCCAGACAAAGAUCGUCAGAUUGUGGAACACGAGUUGCAGGAAACUGGGUUUAGUCCAGAACCAGAGAAAGCGACGAACAAACGUGUUGAAGAAGAGGAAGAGGAAGACGAAGAGGAUGAAUCUGUGGAGAAGAUCUUUGAAAGCAGAGAAGUGCCUUCGUGGAAGAAGCAGCUGACCUUAAGGGCUUUUGUGGUGAGCUUUAUGCUAAGCAUCUUGUUUAGCUUCAUCGUUAUGAAGCUUAACCUCACGACGGGAAUCAUACCGUCUCUCAAUGUCUCUGCUGGUCUUCUGGGUUUCUUCUUUGUCAAGACAUGGACCAAGGUGCUUUAUAAGUCUGGAUACUUGAAACAGCCGUUUACUCGUCAGGAGAAUACUGUUAUUCAGACUUGUGUUGUUGCUUCCUCCGGCAUUGCCUUCAGCGGAGGGUUUGGGACAUACCUCUUUGGCAUGAGUGAACGGAUUGCGAAACAAUCAGGAGAUGCUUCCCGUGGCUUCAAGGAUCCUUCUUUGGGUUGGAUCAUUGGUUUCCUCUUUGUAGUCAGCUUUCUUGGUCUCUUCUCUGUUGUUCCCUUGCGAAAGAUAAUGGUAAUAGACUUCAAACUAACAUACCCAAGUGGCACUGCAACUGCUCAUCUUAUCAACAGCUUUCAUACCCCUCAAGGGGCUAAGCUAGCCAAGAAACAAGUGAGGAUGCUGGGGAAAUUCUUCUCCUUAAGCUUCUUGUGGAGUUUCUUCCAAUGGUUCUUUACCGGAGGAGACAAUUGUGGCUUCUCCAACUUCCCAACAUUUGGACUCAAAGCUUACCAAUACAAGUUCUACUUUGAUUUUUCAGCAACAUAUGUGGGUGUUGGGAUGAUAUGCCCAUACAUAAUAAACGUCUCUGUUCUUCUGGGAGGAAUCCUCUCUUGGGGGAUAAUGUGGCCUCUCAUUGAAACAAAAAAGGGAGAUUGGUUUCCUGCAGAUGUCGAAUCCAGCAGCAUGCAUGGUCUCCAAGCUUACAAGGUGUUCAUAGCUGUUGCUAUAAUCCUAGGAGAUGGUUUAUACAACUUCUGCAAAGUCCUGAGCCGGACACUUUCAGGACUAUUUGUACAGCUUCGAGGCACUUCUUCAAGAGCAUCAUUAACCAUCGAAGAAGACCCAACCGCUUCUCCAUAUAGCCCAAAGCAAUCAUACGACGACCAGCGUCGCACACGCUUCUUCCUCAAAGACCAAAUCCCCACUUGGUUCGCUAUGGGAGGAUACAUCAUCAUAGCUGCAACAUCUACAGCUAUACUCCCUCACAUGUUCCACCAGCUGAGAUGGUACUACAUCCUAGUCAUCUACAUCUGUGCGCCCGUCUUAGCCUUCUGCAACGCGUACGGAGCAGGACUAACAGAUUGGUCCUUAGCUUCGACUUACGGAAAGCUAGCCAUAUUCACGAUCGGAGCCUGGGCGGGCUCCGAGCACGGUGGGAUGCUGGCAGGUCUAGCAGCUUGCGGAGUCAUGAUGAACAUAGUCUCCACGGCUUCAGAUCUCACGCAAGACUUCAAAACAGGCUACCUCACGUUAUCGUCGCCGAGGUCAAUGUUCAUAAGCCAAGUGAUAGGAACAGCGAUGGGCUGCGUGGUGUCCCCUUGCGUGUUCUGGCUGUUCUACAACGCGUUUGAUGACUUAGGCCUCCCUAACAGCGAGUACCCUGCGCCGUUUGCCACAGUGUACAGAAGCAUGGCUAAGCUAGGAGUAGAAGGUGUUGCUUCAUUACCAAGAGAAUGUCUAGUCUUAUGUUAUGCGUUCUUCGGUGUGGCGAUUCUUGUGAAUAUAGUGAAAGAUAGUUUGCCGAGCAGGUGGGGGACGUUUGUGCCUCUGCCGAUGGCGAUGGCGAUACCGUUUUUCUUGGGGCCGUACUUUGCGAUUGACAUGUGCGUGGGGAGUUUGGUGCUUUUCGUGUGGGAGAGGGUGGAUGCGGCUAAGGCGGGUGCGUUUGGGACUGCGGUGGCUUCGGGUUUGAUAUGUGGAGAUGGGAUUUGGUCGCUGCCGAGCUCGGUGUUGGCUAUAGCUGGAGUUAGUCCUCCUGUUUGUAUGAAGUUUCUGGAUGCUGCGACGAACUCGAAGGUUGAUAAGUUUUUGCACAGACCGUAGUCUUGAAGACAUGGCACAAAGUGUAAUGAUACUUGCUUUUUUAUGAGUUAUUUUUGAAGGUGAGAGGUUGUAUGUAUAGAGAAUUAGAUACAGAGGAGCUUGUUUAAAUUCGUAACUGGACUGUUUAAUGUUUUAUAAAGUAGAUCAUAGAUGGUUCUGUUUCUAAACU